AGCUGUCCCAGUGACAGGCUGGCAGGAAGCGGCGCCGCAGCCGGAAGUGGAGGUGCUGGGCUAGAGACCCCCCCGCCCCGCGCGCCCCAGGCCCCGCGCCCCCAGCCCGGGGCAGGAUGCUGAAGAAGUUUGAUAAGAAGGACGAGGAGGCCGGUGGAGGUUCCAAUCCAUUCCAGCACCUGGAGAAGAGUGCAGUGUUGCAAGAGGCUCGGGUGUUUAAUGAGACGCCAAUAAACCCUCGGAAAUGUGCUCACAUCCUCACCAAGAUUCUGUACCUCAUAAACCAGGGGGAGCACCUGGGUGUGAUGGAAGCUACGGAAUCCUUCUUUGCCAUGACCAAGCUGUUCCAGUCCAAUGAUCCGACUCUUCGCAGGAUGUGUUACCUGACCAUCAAAGAGAUGUCCUCCAUCUCUGAGGAUGUCAUCAUUGUGACCAGUAGUUUAACCAAAGACAUGACUGGGAAGGACGACAAUUACCGAGGCCCUGCUGUGAGAGCACUCUGCCAAAUCACUGAUAGUACUAUGCUGCAGGCCAUUGAGCGCUACAUGAAGCAGGCGAUUGUGGACAAGGUGCCCAGUGUGUCCAGCUCUGCCCUGGUGUCAUCAUUGCACCUGCUGAAGACCAGCUUUGAUGUGGUAAAACGCUGGGUGAACGAAGCGCAGGAGGCAGCUUCCAGUGACAAUAUCAUGGUGCAGUAUCAUGCCCUCGGCUUACUCUACCACGUGCGUAAGAAUGACCGUCUGGCAGUCAACAAGAUGCUCAGCAAGUUCAUGCGUCAUGGCCUGAAGUCGCCCUUUGCCUACUGCAUGAUGAUCCGAGUGGCCAGCAAAUUGCUGGAGGAAGAGGCUGGAAGCCAUGACAGCCCCUUGUUUGAUUUCAUUGAGAACUGCUUAAGAAACAAACACGAGAUGGUGGUCUAUGAAGCUGCUUCUGCCAUUGUUAACCUGCCUAGCUGCACUGCCAAAGAGCUGGCACCUGCCGUGUCUGUGUUACAGUUGUUCUGCAGCUCCCCGAAAGCAGCUCUUAGAUAUGCAGCUGUCCGCACCCUCAACAAGGUUGCCAUGAAGCACCCAUCUGCUGUGACUGCCUGUAACCUGGACCUGGAGAACCUAGUGACCGAUUCCAACCGCAGCAUUGCUACACUGGCUAUCACCACGCUGCUGAAAACUGGCAGUGAGAGCAGCAUUGACCGGCUCAUGAAGCAGAUCUCCUCCUUCAUGUCGGAAAUCUCAGAUGAGUUCAAGGUCGUGGUGGUGCAGGCUAUCAGUGCCUUGUGUCAGAAGUACCCACGUAAGCAUGCAGUCCUCAUGAAUUUCCUCUUCACUAUGCUCCGGGAAGAGGGUGGUUUUGAAUACAAGCGAGCCAUCGUGGACUGCAUCAUCAGCAUCAUUGAGGAAAACUCUGAGAGCAAAGAGACUGGCCUGUCUCACCUGUGCGAGUUCAUUGAGGACUGCGAGUUCACUGUUCUGGCCACCCGUAUCCUCCACCUGCUGGGGCAGGAAGGGCCCAAGACCAAUAACCCUUCAAAAUACAUUCGCUUCAUCUACAACAGGGUCGUCUUGGAGCAUGAGGAGGUCCGUGCAGGUGCAGUAAGUGCUCUGGCUAAAUUUGGAGCCCAGAACGAGGAUGUGUUACCCAGCAUCUUAGUGUUAUUGAAAAGGUGCGUGAUGGAUGAUGAUAAUGAAGUGAGAGACAGAGCCACGUUCUACCUAAAUGUGCUGGAGCAGAAGCAGAAAGCUCUCAAUGCUGGCUACAUCCUGAAUGGCUUGACAGUAUCCAUCCCUGGCCUGGAGAGGGCGCUGCAGCAGUAUACCCUGGAACCCUCUGAGAAACCCUUUGACCUGAAAUCUGUUCCUUUGGCAACUGCUCCCAUCACAGAACAAAGAUCAGAAAGUAUUCCUAUCACUGUGGUCAAACAGCCAGAGAAAGUGGCAGCGACAAGGCAAGAAAUAUUCCAAGAGCAACUGGCAGCUAUCCCAGAGUUCCGAGGGCUGGGCCCACUCUUCAAGUCCUCUGCAGAGCCUGUGGCUCUUACAGAAUCUGAGACUGAAUACGUGAUCCGUUGCACCAAGCACACAUUUGUCAACCACAUGGUGUUCCAGUUUGAUUGUACAAAUACACUGAAUGAUCAGAUCCUGGAGAACGUCACGGUACAGAUGGAGCCGACAGAGGGGUAUGAGGUCAUUAGCUACAUACCUGCCAAAAGCCUACUGUAUAACCAGCCUGGUAUCUGCUACACGCUGGUGGCAUUGCCUGAAGAGGACCCCACAGCAGUGGCCUGUACAUUCAGCUGCAUGAUGAAAUUCACCGUCAAGGAUUGUGACCUAAACACUGGUGAAGCGGACGAUGAGGGCUAUGAGGAUGAGUACGUGCUUGAAGACAUUGAGGUAACGGUAGCUGAUCACAUCCAGAGGGUUCUGAAGCCAAACUUUGGAGCAGCCUGGGACGAGGUGGGUGAUGAGUUUGAAAAGGAAGAGACCUUCACUUUAUCCACCAUUAAAACAUUGGAAGAGGCAGUCAGUAAUAUUGUGAAGUUCCUGGGGAUGCAGCCGUGUGAGCGAUCGGAUAAAGUGCCAGACAACAAAAACUCUCACACAUUGUACCUGGCAGGUGUGUUUCGGGGUGGCCAUGACCUCUUGGUGCGUUCUCGUCUCGUCCUGACAGACACUGUAACAAUGCAGGUCACAGCCCGCAGUGGAGAAGAGCUUCCUGUGGACAUAAUCAUGGCCUCGGUUGGCUAAACUGUCUUUCUGAGACUGCACUCUGACAUAAGGCCCAUAAAGGGAGAAUGUUCUUGGUUUUCUUGGUUCCCCUCUGUUCUGGACACUGAAUUGGAAUCACGUUCACUACAGCAGCUUUUUAUCAUUAGUAAAAAAUAGGACAGUUAUUUGGGUUUUUCUAAAUAAAAUUGUGGUGUUUUUAUGCCCUGACAGGAGGUUUUAGGAAGCAUUCAGUUUCACUUAAAUCUAUAAACCCCUCUGAAGAAUCAGCCCAUUUAAUACCAAGUUGCUGAACUCUGCAGUCUGGGGGUCCUGUGUUUCCAAUGAAGCCUUAUUUAACCAUUCAUAUUAUGGUAACACUAUCAAACCCAUUAAGUGGUCACUUGGAAUCUGAAAUUAGUGUGCUUUUAAUUAUCACUAAUUUUGCUAGUAUUUUUAUGUCUUUAAAAGACCCUUAAAAACAGGACAUGGUAAAUAAAUAAAAUUCCCUCUCCUGCAGGUAUAGAACUUGGCUGCCUUCCACUACCAUCUUCGUGGAAAAUGACAGGCUGAUCUUCUCCCAGGGUACUUAUCCCUCAACACAGUGGGUUGGGAUUGGCUGUCUUGCAAUUAUAUUCAGUCAAAGAAUGGGAAAUAAGUGCCUAGCUCUAGCUUUGCACAACCCUGUCAAAAGGAAAUAGUCUCUGUAAAGUGCAAAUCAAUUAACACACUGUCUGUGUAUAAUUGGUUUGGCUGUUCACAUUCCCCUAGUUAUCAGUAACUGGUUUCUCAGUUGUUGUUAGAUCCAACACUGAAAGCCUACUGUAUAAGUGGUAUAGGAUUAUGUGAUUUUUGUGUGUGUAGUAUCCGGAGGAAAAGUGACCAGUUAGAUUUUUGAGUAUGAAAGAAGCAAUGUGGUGAUGUGUAACAUCAGACAGUGUGUAAUAUAUCAACCAGAGCUGUUGUCAUCCCUCUCUGGAGCCAUCAUUUUGGUUAACUUGUGAGUUUCAGUUAUGCCAGAUAAGGGGUAAACAGGAGAGAUGUCUGUUUCUAGCACCUGUAAUUGAUCUUUGUUCUACUCUGCCUGUAUUUUUUAUGCAAAAUGUCACCAUAUAAUGUAACAUUAAACAAAAUAUUAAAAGAU